AUGUUUGACGAGACUCGCGCCUUUAUAGCGGCGCAGAUCAAGGGUGCUAAGCCCGCUUUUGUAUCAAAAACACCACAUUUUAACUUUAUCACCGUCCACUAUUUUUGGAUUAUUUUUGCAACAUUACUAUCUGCCAUUCUCAUCUAUGCCGGCGGCAAAGGAGAGCUUCAUUUUAUUGAUGCUCUCAUGUUUGGUAGUGGUGCAAAUACACAAGCUGGACUCAAUCCCGUUGAUCUAAACAACCUUAAUGGAUUCCAGCUGGCAUGGAUUUACACCUUUUCUUUAUUCUCAAAUCCCAUCACGCUGCAUACAUGCGUUGUGUUCCUCAGGCUUUACUGGUUUGAGAAACGCUUCCAGCACUGGGUCCAGGAAGCCCGAUUGCGCCGCCGAACUCUCAGCAAAUCCAAAUCCAAAGCACGAAAUGAUUUGAGCCAGGCCGAGAAUGGCCUCGGCGUGAAUGGAAGACAUAUUACUAUUGUGCCGCGGGGUGAGAGGGCAAACAGAAUCACCAAUGAUGGCAUUCUUCUGGAUAAGAUAGAAGAGGCCGAGCCUAAACCGGUUGCGAACAGCGAUGCAAGUGAUACGACUACAGUGUCUGAAGACUUGCACAAGAGCGUUUCUCUUGAUGAUAUUGACCCCCUAGAACAACCUCGUCAAACGGACACAUCUCACGCAAGUUCGGGUGAAAAUGGCUCUGCGCCUGGUCCUCAAUCUGAAAACCACCCUUACCUCUCAACCGCCAUCACAUUUGCCGAUACUGUUAAGAGGAGUGAUGGCUUGGGAAGCGACCCUACCAAAUUUCCUCAACGACGCCCCAAUGCCGAACAUAUUGCCAUCCUUGAGAGGCAGCGAAACCAGGACAAUGAGGUUCUUCGCAUUCCCGGGCCGCGGGAGACUGAGAGGGGUCUAGGACCUCGCCGUCUUGAAGAAGAUGAUCAACAAGAGGAUGAGGAUCGGCCAGUUGCUCGUCAGAGGACUAUUGAGUUUCGUAACGACGAGCCUAGCGGCAUCCACGGCCGACAGCCAACUAUUACCAUCGCUGAGCCUGAGCAUCAUAAGCGGGACGAGCUCAAAGAUGAUGCUGCAGCUGCUGGUAAUGCCGUUGAUAGCCUAAGGUUCCGAAGGCCGCGCUUUUUCAACAGAUCACAAGACAAACUACACGAAGACGGCGAGGAACCCAGACACAACAGAUCAAGGACCCCGCACCCACGCCCUGUACGAACCAAAACGAUGGACACUAUUCGCUCUGUCUUGACACGGGAGAAAGUAGAUGACAUGCCUUAUCUUAGUUAUACACCCACCAUGGGACGUAACUCAAACUUCCUCGGCCUGACCCUGGAACAGCGAGAGGAGCUCGGUGGUAUCGAAUACCGAGCACUGAGAACUUUAGCCUUGGUGUUGAUAUUUUACUUUUGGAUCUACCAUAUUCUGGGUGUCGUCUGUUUGCUUCCCUACAUUCUCCACAACCAGCAUUACGGAAACAUUCUUGCUGCCGACGAUAUUGGUAGGACAUGGUGGGCGUUUUGGACGUCCAACAUGGCCUUUAUGGAUGUGGGAUUCACCCUGACUCCCGACAGCAUGAAUUCAUUUGCGACUUCCGAGUGGGUCUUGAUGGCCAUGUGGUUCUUCAUCAUUAUUGGAAACACUGGUUUCCCCGUCAUGUUGCGUUUUAUGAUCUGGGUCGCUUCUAAGCUUACGCCUCGAGGCACUGGCGUUUGGGAAGAGUUCAGAUUUUUGCUCGACCAUCCUCGUCGGUGCUUUACUUUGCUCUUUCCAUCCAAUGCCAAUUGGUGGCUGUUCUGGAUUCUCAUUUUGCUUAACGUUAUUGACCUGGUAUUCUUUAUUGUCCUCGAUCUCGGAGCCGAACCAAUUACUGCUCUCCCGCUUAGGAACCGCGUUGUUAUUGGCCUGUUCCAAGCUGCCUCAACCCGAACCGCUGGCUUCUCGGCAGUCAGCAUGUCAGAACUUCACCCCGCUAUGCCGGUUCUAUAUAUGAUAAUGAUGUAUAUAUCCGUGUUUCCCAUCGCCAUUUCUAUCCGACGAACCAACGUCUACGAGGAGAAGUCUCUGGGCGUGUAUCGUGAUCACGACGAGGACGCUGAAGAAGCAAGCGCUCUCGAUUAUGUGGGGACACAUUUGCGACGUCAACUUUCUUUCGACUUGUGGUAUGUCUUUUUGGGCUUCUUUCUUCUCGCCAUCACCGAAGGCGGCAAGAUUGUUGGAGGUCGGUUCGACUUGUUUGCUGUUCUUUUUGAGAUCGUCAGUGCCUACGGAACCGUGGGCUUGAGUAUUGGCGUACCGGGUGUCAAUGCUUCUCUCUGUUCACAAUUUUCCGUCAUUGGCAAGCUGAUCAUCGUGGCCAUGCAAAUCCGUGGUCGCCAUCGUGGUCUGCCAUAUGGCCUUGAUCGUGCUGUCAUUCUUCCGAGCGAAGCCCGCUUGAAAAAGGAACAGGAGGACUCCGAAGCCGCCCUCGCCCGGACAAAUACUGCAGUAUCUACUGGCGCUACCUCAGCUCUGCAGCGACAGGCGACUACGGGACGAAGCCGGAGCAGGAGUCGUGACAGGGCUAACGGCAGCCUGAUAACACAAUUGCUCCACCCGGGACCGGUCGUUCCUCCAGAUCCAUUCUUGCGACCAAGGGGAAGAUCGGUGGAGGGACACCAGAGGAGCAUGUCUGCGGACGUGACUGGCGCUUUGCCAGAACCCGCGGGCGCUCACUUACACCCCUCAAUAGAGGAAGAUGACGAAUUGCACCAAUUGUCGAGCAAUGACUUCCCACACAAGCCAAGGCGGAUAGAAUCUUCUGCUUUUUAG